CCUUGCAUGGCCUCCUGCCGUAGUAAAGAGAGAAGAGGGGACGAAAGGGGAACUUGGCUCUCGGCGGCUGAAGAGCGACGCAAAGGGGCCCAAAGGGACGAGGCAGGGAACCGGCGGAUGGCCAUCGUUUAAUAGGGGACGAACUGGAGGCCCAAAGGUGAGGCAAGACGGACAAGAGCGCCAUUGUCCCAAAUAGCGCUUUCGCUUCGGUACUCAGAUCCCCCAGUGUACAGACGCAUACGAGUGACACACCCACCCACCCCCCAUAUUCUUCUACGCAGCAGCCGUCGGGCGCACCCCCCAAGGCAUCCACGACGACCAUGCUGUAAUUAUUAAUUCGUCAGGGUUUCAGGUCUCACAAAACCUGGGUUGCUUUGCGGCGACAGGAAUCCCCUCCUCCCCCCCCCGUCUUUCCUCUAGGAAAGCGGCGACCGUAGAAAACGUCACUUUCCCCAAAGCCUCGCCCUCGCAGUCCCGGAUUGGCUACCGCGCCCAGCGACCGUCUUCCAGUUCCUCCAAUCAAGAACAAGAGUGCUGGCGUUUGAUUGUGCUUUUGGCCGGAGCUGGUGCCGAACGGCUUCCUCGCGCACACCCGGAGGAGGAUGAAGGGUCUGGCGGUGGUGGAAGCAACAAGUAUUUAUUGAAGUGGUGUCUGGACUGAUACAUCAUUCUGUAAAUGUCUCUGCUACUGAAUCUUUUAAGACAGCUGCUGGAAUAUUAUGGUGUGGCGCCAGAACUGCUCCUACAAAGGUGUGAAGUUUGUCUUAAUCGUAUUGCUUAUAUGAUUGGAUCCCAUCUUUCUUCAAACUCUUUCUCAAGAAUGCACUUUCAGGAGUUAUGUGCCAUCUCAAGGAGAUGUUUAGUAUCAUGGGCUUGGGAAAGAAAAAAAUAUGGAUCUACCCGAAGUUUUGUUCGUAGACUGGGGAAGUGUCUUUCAUUAACACCUUGUCCAAGGCCUCAUCUCCAGCUGGUUCAAAGUCUGAAUUAUUUAGAGUCUGGACAAGCUAGCACUCUUAGUGCUGUUACACCAUCUCUUGCUGAUGUCUUGUGGGUGCCAAAUGAUGACAGAGAGGCAUAUGCUAAAUUCAGAUUUGUUGAAUGGAGAAAUAUUGUAACUCCAGCAGUUCCUGUGCCAGCAGCCUCAACAGAAAACCUCCCUGUAACACCUGUUGUAGAUGAAGAUGCAUUCAAAAAACUUUCUGCUCUUGAGAAUGAGCUAGUUCAUCUUCGUAGACAGAUUGCUUCAAUUGUGGCAGUACGUAGGGCAGAAGAUAAUUUAUCAUGUUCAAAUAUUGUCAGUUCAACAAAUACGCCGUCUAGUGUUCUCCAGUGGGCAACAGUGACUUCUACACCAGUUCCUGUUUCUCCUCGUAGUGUGCUUGCACCACCACCACCUCCUCCUCCUCCAGCUGUGCUGCUGUCUAAUUUUGAUUCAUGUAAUUCAAAAACUGAGCUUAAAGAGCAUCAGGUUCCUAAUAAGAGGAGAAAUAUUACAAAUAGUAGUAGACGGCAGGAAGCUAAGGCUGUCCCAUGUAUGAUGGAUGUUCUGAAAGAUAUAAAUAAAGUUAAACUAAGAGCCAUUGAGAGAUCACCUGGAGGUACACCGCUACCCAAAACAAAGAAAGUAAUGCAAUCACAGUGGGAUCCAGCAACUUUAAUAGCAGAGGCUCUGAAGGAGAAAUUUGCAUCCCACCUCAGUGAUGAUUCCUUUGAUAAAGAAAACAGAUCCUAUGAUGCAUCUCCAUUUUCCAGUCCAGAUACUCCAAUGGUUCACAGUCAUAUUUUGAAGCCAGGUGUGAAGCAGACACUUCACAGAACUGAGAAACCAAUGAGUACAACAGCUACAAAAACACGAGUACAAAUUUAGCUAUUAUGUAGAUACUGUUAACCAGACUUAUUCAUUGUUAAUUGCUCUAAAUAUUUCUUCAGUUUCAUGUACUUCUGUACUAUAAGGCAAUAGCUUAUAAAGCAAAGGUAUUUGCUUUUUAAUUCAAUGUUUUAGCUUGUUCAGGUGGGAUUUGCUUUUUUAAAAAUUUUAGUUUCUCAGCUGCAAGACUUACUGUUUUUAUGUCAUUGUUACAAUCUGUGCUGCAAAGGUUUAAAUAUUUAUGCCGUUGAGAUACUAAUAUAUUAAUACUGUUUAAAGAAAAAUAGUGGCUGCUUUGUCAAACUGUUUUUCAAACAUUGAUUCAGAGAAUUACCUCAGAGUUUCAUUAAUUAUUAUCAGUUGUAUUUUAUGGGCACUGAGUAAGAGAUGUAAACUCUGUACUACAGAAAAUGAAUACAGAAAAGAUAUAUUGUUAAACAAGAGGAGACAAAUGCAUAUUUGAAAUUCCGGAUCCAAAUAUUGUUAUUGAUUGCUUUUUUGACUCCUUUACCUUCAGCCUAUAAAAUACAUAAUUUUA